AUGACUGUUCAAUCGCAUCCACCUAACCUUAUCUUCGAGGAAGUUUUCGACCCAGAGGUUAUCAGAUUCACAUUACAUGUAAACAGUGAAGCCUGGAAGGGUGUAUUAACGAAUGACGAGUAUGUCGAUAGAGAACUUGUACUAGGCUCUAGCGAUAUUUGCACAAAAUACACUUCAGGGUCCGAAUAUGCUAAGCGUUUUCCAGAAUCACAUAAUUUACUUGGAAUUAAGUACUUUGUGUUGAAGGAUACUUCUUUGCCAAGUACCGACAAGAUGUCUCAAAUUGUCUCUAGAUGCGAGACUUUGAACAGACUAGGUAGUUGUAUUACCCCCAACAGUAAAGGCAAAAUUGAGCCCUCUCUCACAAUUUGUAUUGGUGGUGUUUUUACACCAAUUGAGUACAGAGGGAAAGGCUACGCAAAGAUAAUGAUUGAGAAAUUGAAUAGCUACUAUGAUGACAUCUAUGACAAAGCUAGUACAAUUACUCAUGAGCUAUCUAGAACAUUGGUUCGUAACAUGGUAAUCAAUCUGUACAGUGAAGUUGGUGAAUAUUACUCCAAGAUGGGCUAUGUCAGUAAGCACGUUCCAAUUCAUGACAUUCCAGGACUUGACACAUUAAAUGAAGAGUACUGUAAAACUGCGACUGUGACUCCAACAGCUGGAAGAAUGUUCAAGUACGAUGACUACACUGAUAUGAUCGACUUACAAAGCAAGCAAUUCAAGAAUUCAUUGGUAAGAUUAGCGAAAGAUAAUCCAGAAGGUUUCACAUUCACAGUAGAUGCUGACAUCGACAUCUUCAAGUGGUUCGAAGACCGUGAUAUUUUCAUUUUCAGCAAGUUACUUGAGAAGAAGAAGUCUCCAUUUACCGUUGAUGAUCUACGGUACGGCUACGCUAUUACUGAUGGUGAGUAUAAAGAUGCUCAUAUUAUUUGGCACCACAGUUGGAAUGGAAACGAACUAAUCAUAACUAAGAUCUACAUUCCUGAAGAUAGACAGCAAAAUGCCGAUGAUAUAGCUAAAAUCCUAUUUGGGGAAGCCAUAAAAGAAGCAAAGAAGUUUGGCUUGACCAAAUUAGAAUUCUGGGAUGAGGAGAUUCCCGCAAACAAAUUCCCUGAGUUAUUUACUGUACUAGAGAAUAUGAGUAAGCACGAGUCCAAGACUUUCCUGAGCAACGGAUCCUUGAGUGCAGUCAGGCCUCCACAUGGUAUUCAUCCAGAGUUGGUAAGAUGGGAUAACAACACAAAAUUCUGCUGGUUUUAG